AUGGCCUCUGCCAUCAUUGCCGCCUGCCUCCCAACCCUCAAACCCCUCGUUGCUAAGUGGUUCCCUCGCUAUUUUUCAGAGAAUUAUUACCUCAAAAACCAACCAUAUACCAAUCCUACAACUCAGCAACACCAGCAGCAAAUGCCCCGCGAUCGACGACGAGGUCGCUUAUCGCAAGAAAUCAACUAUAUCCUCUCACAUCAAACAAGAAGCGACGAUGCGGAGUUACAAAGAAGCCAAGCUACAAAUGAAGGCGAAGGGACGGCGAGGGAACGAGAAAUAUAUGAUACGGGUGAGAGUUUGUGCUCGCAUGAGUAUCGGAGGAAAUACUUUGAUCUGAAGGAUGGGAAGAUCGUGCAGAUCAAUGAAAGGUUCUCUGCGUUGAGCGGAAGCUUUUUAUCAGGGACUGGACACGAUUCCGAGAGUUCAAGUCAGGCAGACACUGCUGGUUAG